AUGUUCACGACAACAGGAGAACUUGUGUACUCUGUGAAGGUCAGCGAGCCCACGAGGAAGGACGCAACGGGGGCGUACAGGAACCCCCAAUAUAAGGAUAAACUACUUGACAAUUUCGAAGAUAAGCCAUUGAAUAACAUGUGGGAAAUGUUCGACGGGGCGGCAAAGAAGUACAAGGACCGAGAUUGUUUAGGCACUCGAGUGAAAGUGGACAAUAAGCUGGGUCCUUACAAAUGGAAGUCAUUCACAGAAGUAAGGGAAUUAAUUUUAGCAGUAGGAUCAGGUUUAAUGAAUACGAAUGCAUGCCCAGUAAUCAGAUGUGAUGACACAAAAGUAACGAGAGCAAAAUUUCUAGGGUUCUAUAUGCCAAAUUGUGAAGAGUGGAACAUUUGCGAUUUGAGUUGCAGUGCAUUUAACAUAGUAACGGUGCCCUUAUACGAUUCAUUAGGUAUAGAAUCGAGUAAAUUUAUUCUAGAUCAGACCUUAAUGCAGACGAUUAUUUGCAACAAAACAUGUGCCAUGAAUCUGUUCAAAUCGCUAGAUACGUGUGAAAGGAUCUUUCUAAAAAAACUCAUUCUGGUGGAGAACGAAGCUGAUGCAGAAGUUAAAAAGGCCUGUGGAAAACACCAGCUAGAAAUUAUUCUGUGGAAAGAUCUAAUCGCAGCUGGGAAGAAGAAGUUACAAGAAGCUAGGCCAGGCAAUUUAAAAGACGUUGCAUGUAUAUGUUACACAUCUGGAACAACGGGAUAUCCCAAAGGGGUUAUAAUGACGAACGGAAAUUUCGUAGCCCAACUAACUUCCUCACUAACAGGCCCUUCAAGAUUGCCAAUUUUGAAUAUAAACGAAAGUGACACCCACAUUUCGUACCUUCCACUAGCCCAUAUAUAUGAAAGGAUUAUGAUGCUUGUUUUUUGUGCACAGGGGGUCAGAACUGGAUACUACUCAGGGAAUGUCCAAACAUUAGUGGAAGAUAUUCAAGAGUUGAAGCCAACUUUGUUUAUUAGUGUCCCUAGAUUGUACAACCGAAUCCAUGAGCGCAUAUUCAAUUCGUUAAAAAAGAAACCGGCAGUAGUUCAAUCCUUGUUCAAUAAGGGACUGGAACAUAAAAUAAAAAAGCUAAACAGCAGUGGUUACGGAAUGACAGAAACGCUUGGUCCAGCAUUCAUUUCGCACAGCACAGAUGUGAAUAUAGGCCACAUAGGGGGUCCUGUCCCCUGUGUUGAAUAUAGAGUUGUAUCCGUCCCAGAAAUGAACUACCUAGUUACGGACAACCCACCUAGAGGAGAACUACAUUUGAGGGGACCAGCUAUCACCAAUUUGGGUUAUUUCAAACUGGAAAAGGAAACGAACGAAUUUAUUGACAAAGAUGGAUGGAUAAGCACAGGUGAUAUUGUAUCGUUUAGUGAAAAUGCGUCCAUCACCAUUAUUGAUAGGAAGAAAAAUAUCUUCAAAUUAUCUCAAGGGGAAUACAUAGCAGUGGAGAAAAUCGAAUCCGUUUACAGGCAGUCUCUUUACAUUAGCCAGAUCUUCGUUUUUGGAUACUCAUACGAAUCGGUACUUGUGUGCAUUGUGUGCCCCUCCUUGGACACCAUAGAGAUAUGGAAAAAUGAGAAGAAGAUUAGUAAAACGGAUGAGGAGGUGAUGCAGAUGCCCGAGUAUAAGAAGGACGUUAUUGAUGAUUUAAUUAAAAUGGGGAAGAAGGAUGGAUUGAAGGGAUACGAACAAAUUAAGGACGUGUACUUCGCUACGGAACCCUUCACCAUCGAAAACGAUUUGCUCACACCAACCGGGAAGAUCAAGAGGCACGCUGUGCAGAAGAAGUACAAGGAGGAAAUCGAUAAGAUGUACAAGCAGCUGAAGGCGGCGGCUUGA